AUGGCUGAAGACAUUGCGGUGACGAGAUUCCGUGAAUAUCUUAGAAUCAAGACUGUUCAACCGAAUCCAGAUUACGAGGGAUGCGUGAAAUUUCUCUUUGGACUGGCUGACGAGUUGGGUAUCGAAAGGAAAAGAUAUGAGUGUGUGGCCGGUCGUCCAUUUGUCGUGAUGACGAUACCGGGUGAAGAGCCCGAUUUGACAUCGAUUCUUCUCUACUCACACACCGAUGUUGUGCCUGUGUUUCCAGAACACUGGAAAUACGAUCCAUUUUCAGCGCACAAAGAUGAGAAAGGGGACAUUUAUGCGAGAGGCGCCCAAGAUAUGAAAUGCGUGGGAAGUCAAUAUUUCGAGGCGAUACGGAGACAUUUUCUCCACGGGAAGAAGCAAUUCCGAAGAACAGUGCAUAUCGUUUGGGGACCUGAUGAGGAAAUUGGCGGGACAAACGGGAUGGAGAAGUUCAUCGAAACCGAUGAAUUCAAGGCUUUGAACGUCGGUUUUGCGUUGGAUGAGGGUUUAGCGUCGGAGAGCGAGAUCUAUAAAGUUUACUAUGCAGAGAGAUGUCCAUGGUGGAUUCGUGUGACAUUUCCUGGACAACCUGGUCAUGGAUCGAAAUUUAUUGAGGACACAGCUGCCGAGAAAAUGCAAUCCUUUAUCAACAACGCUCUCACUUUUCGAGCCGAACAAAAAUCAUUAUUGCAAUCGGAUUCAUCGAAAACUUUGGGUGAUGUCACAUCGUUGAAUCUCACAAUUGUUAGGGGCGGAGUCCAAACGAAUGUUUUACCAGAAAAAUUCGAGUGUGAGUUUGAUAUUCGAGUGCCACCCACUGUCGAUUAUGUUCAAUUCGAAGCAAUGCUCAACGAUUGGGCUAAAACAGCCGGAAAAGGGACAAAAAUCGAGUACACUCAAAAAGCAAUGAUCAAAAACAUGACUCCAACUGUGAUGAGCGAUCCAUUUUGGGCGGCUUUUGAAGGAACAUUAGUAUCGGAAGGCUGCGAGUUCACGAAAGAGAUUUUCACUGGCGCCACUGAUUCGCGUUUCCUUCGAUCGAAAGGCCUUCGCUCGAUCGGUUUUUCUCCAAUGAAGAACACGCCUUCAUUACUGCAUGAUCACAAUGAGUAUCUCAAUGAAAAGGUUUUCCUUCGCGGUGUCGAGAUCUACGAGAAACUCAUCGAAAAUCUUGCAAGUGUGCCAAAAGAA